AUGGGCACCAUGCGUGUAACGGAAGCUGAAGAGGCUUCUACUAAUACGAUGGCUAAUCUUGCAUCCUUCAAAAAAGGUAAAAAUGUAACCGCGUUUCUCCAAUGUGCUCUUCGGACUAUGCGAUUUCAACUUGCAAAAAAAAUUAAUGAGAUGAUGGCUUGGGAAGCUGACACUCAACGCAACCGAGUAUGGCGCGUUUCUUUUUUGUAA